AUGAGGAGUUGGCUGCUUUUAGUAUGUGUGCUAACGGUGGUGGUGUCAUGCUACUCACAGCACCCAAAUCGUUAUGAGAACUUCAAUGCUGAUGCGAUCAUACAAAACGACAGGAUCCUACUUGCUUAUUACAAAUGCGUCAUGGAUAAAGGACCCUGUACACGAGAUGGAAAGAAUUUUAAACUUACUGUACCGGUGGACCACUUAUUUUUACCCACGGAAAAAUCCCGAGCGAGUACCGGUUCUCCUAAAAGAAUCGAGGGUUGGGGCGUGCCCCCUGCAUUCGCUAUCUGGCGCUGCUGCGCUUUUCGCGCCACCUGCGCGACGUCCGGUCGUAACGCAUCUAAUCGCAUUCGCAUACGACGUCCAGUCAGCAGCACUGCCGGGGACACACCCGUUGAAGCAUGUUCACAGGAUAUCGACGAAGCUGCAGAAUUAGACCCUUUUGCCCCUGCGCCGCGGUAUCGGCUCGUCCGGCGCUCGCCCCCACCGCUCGUGCCCGCGGAUCCCGCGCGGGUGCUGUGCAGGCCUUCACCCACGCUUGCCCCUGAAGCCGAGACUGGGGCCGUCGCCCCACUCACCUCCGCGUGCCGUUCCGCGGCCUCCAACGCCAGAGCUAGUGUGCUUCCAGAAACUUUGGCAACAGCAUGUGGACGUUGCAAUCCUAGCCAGAAGACAAUUGUGCGGAAACUACUCCUUGGAAUUAGAUCCAAAAGUGAACCCCGCUUCCUCGAGUUGCUGGAUAAAUACAACCCUGACCGUUCCAAUAGAGACGCUCUGUAUACCUUUUUAGCCACUGGUGCUUAG